AUACCCCUGACCACCGGGGGGAAGCAUUCACACACAUGCACCCUGACAUCACAAUUAUAAGGUGUAUUAAGAUCCAAGAUGGUGGACCGUUGAUUACAAGACCAAAUUACCAGACUCCCCUUCAGCCACCCUGUGAUGGUAGUCAUGGCAACAUAGAGGCUAAUCUCCAGUGGACACAGAAAGAGAGAGUGAAGAGGCUGAUGACCGUGGUGAGUACAGCCAUGUAGAAGAUGCAGAGGGAGCAAGAGACUGGGAGAUGAAGAGAGGCUGGAGGAGGAGAGGAAUAGGAACGGAUUCAACCGCUGCCACUGGUCGCAAGGAGCGCCUGGUAGGAGAGGGGAUAGAGUGUUUCCUAGAGAGGAGGGCGAUGAGGAAGGGAGAGGAGGAGGAGGCAGAGGGGCAGCCACCUUCGUGCGGUGACCGGCUCUGAUGGCUCCCCGGGAGAGUCAGAGACAGAAACACCGCGGCUGGGGAGGGACAGGUGGUAUUUGGGAAGUAACGUGGAAUCAGAGGAGGUUGUGUUUUGGUUCGGGACGAGAGGAAAGGGGAGGAACAUGGCAGCGCAGUCUGAUGGAAGGGGAGGGGGAGAAACAGAGGAAGGAGUGGGGGAGGGGGUGUUUGAUGGAGACACAGAGGAAGACUGUCAGCCUCUGGACUCUGCAGCUAUCCACAUCUGUCUCUGCUGUCACUCUGCUGUCUGCUACUGGGGCUGUCGCUCCAACUGCCUGGGAAACCUGCUGGGGAAAGACACUACUGGAAGGAUCGGGGGUACCGGAGUUGGCGGUGGUAGGAGUUUGAGGGAGACUCGCUGCCCGCCAGAAGAGGGACUGUGGCUGGACUGUCUCUGGUUGAUCCUGGCUCUCCUCGUCUUCUUCUGGGAUGUGGGAACAGACCUACUUCUCGCUGCGGACUACUAUGACAGACAGGACUAUCUGUGGUUUGGCCUGACGCUCUUCCUGGUGCUGGUGCCGUCGAUUGUAGUUCAGAUACUGAGCUUCCGCUGGUUCGUCCAGGACUACAGCAGAGAGUGUCUGACCACCUGGCUGGGGACAGUGGACUGCAGCAGGGGAGGAGAGAGAGAAAAGCUGACCAGGCAAGGGCCAGCCGGCCAAAGAGGGGUUUAUCCUGGAACAGACCGGGUCAGAGUGGCCUCAGUGUGGCUGUGGCAGAUCACCAUACACAUUCUACAGCUGGGACAGGUCUGGAGGUAUAUCCGUACGUUAUACCUGGGUAUCCAGUCCCACCGUAUGAAGGAGCAUAAGGAGGCACAGAGGAGGUUCUACUGGGCCAUGAUGUUUGAGUAUGCAGACGUCAACAUGCUGCGGCUACUGGAGACCUUCCUGGAGUCAGCUCCUCAACUAGUACUACAGCUCUGUAUUAUGAUACAGCAGAACCGGGCUGAGACUCUACAGUGUAUAUCUAGUCUAGGCUCUCUUCUGUCUCUAUCCUGGGUGUUGGCCUCGUACCACAAGCUCCUGCGCGACUCCAGAGACGACCAGCGCAGUCUGAGUUAUCGCGGUGCCCUCCUCCACCUUCUCUGGCGUCUCCUCACCAUCUCCUCCCGCGUUCUCUCUCUCGCCCUCUUCGCAUCCCUCUUCCACCUGUACUUUGGCAUCUUCGUGGUGCUCCACUGGUGUGGCAUGGCCCUGUGGGUGGUGCAUGGCGGAACAGACUUCUGUAUGUCUCGCUGGGAGGAGGUGCUGUUUAACAUGGUGGUGGGCAUCGUCUACAUCUUCUGUUGGUUCAACGUCAAGGAGGGACACACCAGGGGACGCAUGGUGGCUUACUACUCUGUGGUACUGGCUGAGAACACACUGCUCACUGGACUGUGGUAUGUGUAUCGUGACCAUGAAGAGACAGACAGCUACGCGGUUCCAGCAUUGUGUGGUGUCUACCUGUCCUUUGCGGGUGGAGUACUGGUGAUGCUUCUGUACUACGGCCUUCUUCACCCCUCACACACACACCCCACCCCGGCAUCGACCUGGUGGGAUGAGCUGCUGUGGGGUAACCCCUUGCCCCCCUCAGCUCUACCCACCCCAGCCCACCUGGCUGCCCCGUUUCACAGUGAUGACAUCAUCGCAGAAGGCUGUCUGCCGGUGUUCCAGGUGCGUUUGGAGCCCCCCACCUCGAGGCGUUUCGAAGGUCCUCUGAUAAAGAUUGACAUGCCCAGGAAACGUUACCCGGCCUGGGACGCUCACUACGUGGACAGACGGCUGCGAAGGACCAUCAACCUACUACAGUACCUGACGCCUGCAGCCGCAGGCAUACGAUACAGGGACAGACCUCUGCUCUAUGAACUACUGCAGUACGAGUCUUCUUUCUGACACAUACACACAUAGACAAACACACAUAUUUACAAGUGCGCUCAUGUAACCAAUGUGAAAUGGCUAGUUAUUUAGUGGUGCUCGCUAGUAGUGUUCAACCGGUGACCUCACCCGCUCUGACCUAGAAGUAGUUGUUUCCCUUGCUAUGCAAGGACCACAGCUUUUGUGGAGUGACAGGUAACGAUGCUUCGUGGGUGAUGGUUGUUCAUCUGUUCAGAGGGUCCCUGGUUCGAGCUCAGGUUGGGGCAAGGAGAGGGACGGAAGCGACACUGAUACACACAAAUGUGACUCUUCUCUCUGUUUUUAUCUCUUCAUCUCUGUUUUGUAUUUCUCACUCUGCUGAGAAGACUGGAUAGUGACAGAAGACAGCAUGUCAUGUUAUUUUCACGUCUUCAUGAAUAAUACUAAAAGAUAAUAUGAAAUUAGAAAAAAUGUGAAUGUAAUAUAAACAGCGGCCUGAAAGCUGUCUCCUAGCGGGGAGUUUAUUCUCUUUAGUUUGGUUAACUGGGUGUGUAUUCUCUUUAGUUUGGUUAACUGGGUGUGUAGUCUCUUUAGUUUGGUUAACUGGGUGUGUAGUCUCUUUAGUUUGGUUAACUGGGUGUGUAUUCUCUUUAGUUUGGUUAACUGGGUGUGUAUUCUCUUUAGUGUGGUUAACUGGGUGUGUAUUCUCUUUAGUUUGGUUAACUGGGUGUGUAUUCUCUUUAGUUUGGUUAACUGGGUGUGUAUUCUCUUUAGUUUGGUUAACUGGGUGUGUAUUCUCUUUAGUUUGGUUAACUGGGUGUGUAUUCUCUUUAGUUUGGUUAACUGGGUGUGUAUUCUCUUUAGUUUGGUUAACUGGGUGUGUAUUCUCUUUAGUUUGGUUAACUGGGUGUGUAUUCUCUUUAGUUUGGUUAACUGGGUGUAUAUUCUCUUUAGUUUGGUUAACUGGGUGUGUAUUCUCUUUAGUUUGGUUAACUGGGUGUGUGAUCUCUUUAGUUUUUAACUGAAUGUGUAUAUAUUUAUAUGUACAGAGAUGUGUGUGUACUGUGUGUGUGUGCCUGAGCUGUGAGUCAUAGUAAAUUAUGUUUGCUUGUUUGUCUGCUCAGGAAGGCACAACAUUACAGAACGUUAAGAUAGACAUUAAUUAUGUAGAACAGAUAAGAUUUUCUGUCAUGUAGAAUACGGAUAUGUGAUUCUCUUUCUGAUGACCUCAUCCCUGAGGUAGUCAUGGUGACAGAGACCUUUACCUGACUACGUCUGACCAUCCCUCCACCAAUCAACACUAAGCCUUCCACCGAUCAACUUUAUAUGGUGCAAAUAUAUAUGAAUAUACAGUACCAGUCAAAAGUUUGAACACACCUACUCAUUCAAGGGUUUUUCUUUAUUUUUUAUAUUUUCUACAUUGUAGAAUAAUGGUGAAGACAUCAUAACUAUGAAAUAACACAUAUGGAAUCAUGUAGUAACCAAAAAAAUUGUUAAACAAAUCAAAAUAUAGUUUUAUAUUUUAGAUUCUUCAAAGUAGCCACCCUUUGCCUUGAUGACAGCUUUCCACACUCUUGGCAUUCUCUCAACCAGCUUUACCUGGAAUGCUUUUCGAACUGUCCUGAAGGAGUUCCCACAUAUGCUGAGCACUUGUUGUCUGCUUUUCCUUCACUCUGCAGUCCAACUCAAUUGGGUUGAGGUUGGGUGAUUGUGGAGGCACAUCUGAUGCAGCAAUCCAUCACCUUCCUUCUUGGUCAAAUAGCCCUUACACAGCCUGGAGGUGUGUUGGGUCAUUGUCCUGUUGAAAAACAAAUUAUAGUCCCACUAAGCACAAACCAGAUGGGAUGUCUUAUCGUUUCAGAAUGCUGUUGUAGCCAUUCUGGUUAAGUGUGCCUUGAAUUCUAAAUAAAUCACUGACAGUGUCACCAGCAAAGUACCAUCACACCUCCUCCUCCAUGUUUCAUGGUUGGAACCACACAUGUGGAGAUCAUCCGUUCACCCACUCUUGAGUCUCACAAAGACACGGCGGUUGGAACCAAAAAUCAAAAAUCUGAACUCAUCAGACCAAAGGACAAAUUUUCACUGGUCUAAUGUCCAUUGCUCGUGUUUCUUGGCCCAAGCAAGUCUCUUCUUAUUGGUGUCCAUUAGUAGUGGUUUCUUUGCAGCAAUACGACCAUGAAGGCCUGAUUCACGCAGUCUCCUCUGAACAGUUGAUGUUGAGAUGUGUCUGUUACUUGAACUCUGUGAAGCAUUUAUUUGGGCUGCAAUCUGAGGUGCAGUUAACUCUAACUUAUCCUCUGUAGCACAGGUAACUCUGGGUCUUCCUUUCCUGUAGCGCUCCUCAUGAGAGCCAGUUUCAUCAUUGUGCUUGAUAGUUUUUGCGACUGCACUUGAAGAAACGUUAGAAUUUCUUGACAUUUUCCAGAUUGACUGACCUUCAUGUCUUAAAGUAAUGAAGGAAUGUAAUUUCUCUUUGCUUAUUUGAGCUGUUCUUGCCAUAAUAUGGACUUGGUAUUUUACCAAAUAGGGCUAUCUUCUGUAUACCACCCCUACUUUGUCAUAACACAACUGAAUGUCUCAAAUGCAUUAAGAAGGAAAGAAAUUCCACAAAUUAACAUUCCAGGUGACAUGAAGCUGGUUGAGAGAAUGCCAAGAGUGUGCAAAGCUGUAAUCAAGCCAAAGGGUGGCUACUUCGAAGAAUCUCAAAUAUAAAAUACACUUUGAUUUGUUUAACACUUUUUUGGUUAUUACAUGAUUCCAUGUGUUAUGUCAUAGUUUUCAUUUCCUAACUAUUAUUCUACAAUGUAGAAAAUAGUGAAAAUAAAGAAGAACCCUGUAAUGAGUAGGUGUGUCCAAACUUUUGACUGGUACUGUAUAUAUGUUAACUUUAUUUGGUGCAAAUAUAUAUGAACAUAAUAUGAACUUAUUUUUUUGGCAAAUAUAUAUAAACUUCAUAUGGUGCAAAUAUAUAUUAACUUUAUUUAUAAAAGCAAUAAUACACUUGAGCAUAUGCAUUUGGAGUCACAAGUGGACUCCGCAUUCUACAUUUAACCUCUCUCUGUUUCUGUUCUGGGUCAAAAGUAACAGCAGGUAAAGGGUCUGAACUUUGUAGCCAAAGUUUGAGACGCAAUCGGUUCAGAGAUUAGGCUGUAUUGAUCCAGGUUCAUAUCAGAAACUAGUUUUAUAAAAAAUAAAGUCAGUCAGGGCAUCAGGCUGAGCUGGAGCCAGCUCUUAUAAGCACAGAGCAGGUUGAAAAGGUACACUGCAAUAUGACAUUAUCAUAUGGGUCAACUUCCUACUUACAGAAAUCAACAGUAAAAUUAAUUUCUGCCAAGACUGUCAGUGUAGGCACUGCCACUAUAGUCUCAAUGGAAGGUACAGUACACAUUGAGAGGGAACAGAUUUGGAAAUCCCUCUGCUGUGUUGGGAUGAAUAUUUUACCAAAAAUCUACCAAGUUUCAAUAUCGGGAAUAAUUAAUAUUUAUCCCGAGAGUCCCAGGAAAUACCCCAAAAAUCAGAAGUGCAUAUUUAAAGCGUUUAAAACCAAGAUAUCAUAGUCACCAUGCCAGGGUUAUCCCUAAAUAAGAGGGGCGUUGCGCCACCUUGUCGGCUUGGCUGUGGCACUAUGUAAAGAUUUCAGAGAAAAUGAAACUGAUAUUUAGUAAUGAUUGAGUAAAUAUCUUUAAUCACCAAUGACGUUGUGAAUUGCGAAACAGGCCGUUCAUAAAUUCCGAGCAUUAUCAUGUUAUCAAUUCAGAGCAUUUCAGCAGUAGCCCAUCUCGACACAGAGUGCAUCCGGAGUAUUGCGUUGUCGAAUCAUACAAACGUAACGGCAGUCAAACAAAAGUCAAAUUACCAAAGUUGCUAAACUUGCUAGAUAUCUCCUAUAUUUGGCAGAAUUGAGUUGAUGUUUAUACAGAUAGCUCAAUAAUAACGGGCAGAUGACGAGUGGAAAUAGUUUAAUUAUCAAGGUAUCUUAACAGGGGCCAACUCGGUUUUAAAAAUAUCCAUAUCUACUCUCACACUGUUGGUUGAUCCCACAUUCUCUACCGAAGUUCUUAUAUGGGCAGCAGUAGGAGACAUCUCAGAGAAGCGGGGGAAAUGUUAUAGCGGUGUUUUGACAUGCAUAGGCGAGAGACGUGCCUUGAUAAUGUAACCUAUAGUUUACAUAAUAAAGUUAGGAAUUUUCACACGAGACAGGUGUAAGAAUUUGGGGUUUCAGUGGGAUUGAGAAUGGUUAGGAAAACAGCCUAGGCUCUAGGACAGGACAAGAUAGAAUUUUCCCUCACGUCUCUCUGAAUUGUUAAGACUUCAUGUCUGUGACAGAGAUGCCCAUGCAUUUCUGCGACAAAGGGGGAAAAUGUUCUAAUUUCUCGGGUCUUGUCAUAAAUUGUUUUUGCGGGACAGUCCUUGGAUCCCAGUUACACAUCAUAAUCCCUACCACUGUGUAUGAUGAUGAUGUCAUAUUGUUGAAUCUACCUUUAACCAAACUUAACAUGGAUGUAUUGUACAGGUGUGAUAUAGAAGUUAUGACAUAAGUCAUUACUUCCUUUGAAGUCACAGGACCCCCUUGAAAACGAGUUAGUUGGUUCAUCUCAAGGAGUUUAAUAAAUAAAUAUAUUAGUGUUUUUAUUUGGUGAGGGUUUACAUUUUUCUAAUUUUGAUGUGUCCAUGUCCCUCAGCUUGGACACAUCUCUUGUUGCCCCUAGCAAUAUUGAUUCUAGUUAUAUACUGCUGAUUUCUGUUCUUCCAUUUAGAAUGUCCAAACUGAAGGAGAAUGAUGAAAACAGGGUUUUAUACGACUUUGAUAUAGUGCUGUAUCCUCUGUCUGCUGUAUCUGGGAGUGUCCAGAGGGGUAUAUUACAAAACAUUAUCAAUGAAUUAGCCAGCUAACGUUGAUAAACAACAGUUGAUUUUCUGGUUCAUUAAGAAAGCUAAACCUAGAUGUGUAUUUUUGGUUGUAGAGUCCAUUAGACCGUCCCAAUUUCAAGCUUACACCCCCCCCCCCCCCAUAAAAAACUGUUUACAAAUAAUCAGGCAAGUUGACUGGCUAACUCCUUGAUCUAGCUUUGUAGUACACCCCUCUGGAGGGUUUGAUGGGCUAACUUAUUGAUCUUUCUUGGUGACAUACACCUCUGAUGCUAAUGUUUGGAGAUUGUCGCACUAAAGUUGAUGCUGUGAGAUGGAUUAUUACUGUAACAUUGCCUCCUGAAAAGACUAUUAACCUGUGACAAUUCAGACAUACUAUGAGAUACCACAGAGAUAGUAGUAGUAUCUAUAGCGAUAUUGGUAAUAAGAGAUAAGAUAACCCAUAUUUUAGAACAUGUAGUUUCAUCAGAAAAAUAUACAAAUGUUACAUGAGUCAGUAUCUAUUUAAUUUUAUAUCUUUGCAUUUUAAUACAUUAUAAUGUGACUGAAAUGAAGAGUAUGUAAACUAUUCAUACCCAA